AUAAUGAGAGACUAAUAGUAACAAUAAGAAUUGAAAGUGUCAUGGAUUACAUUAAUAACAAUUGAAAGUGUCAAAGUCAGAGAAACAAAUACUUAACACUUCUUCUCCACUCUCUGCCAGCUGCCACAGCUCCUUCAACCUUGUGAGUUGACAUCUGAAUUUCUUUUCGUUCCGUUUAGGGUUUCGAAUUGGAUCUGAUAGAGAGACGCAGCAUGGUGGGUCGGAGAGACGCAUUGCUCACAAGAGAUAAAGCCCAAUCAUCCGUCGGAUCUCGAAUCGUCGCCGCCGUCGUCGUCGGUGUUCUCAUCGGCUGCAUCUUCGCCUUCUUGUCUCCCAAUGGCCUCUUCACCGCCGCUCCCACAACUCUCAUUCGCCAUCCCAAGACGGUUUCAUCUGCGUGCGAAUCUCCAGAACAAGUUAAUGCGCUUAAAGUUGAUAUUCUAUCAGCAAAAGAGAAAAAUUCCGAGCUGAAGAAGCAGGUGAAGGAUCUUAUGGAGAAGCUGCGUUUGGCUGAGCAAGGAAAGGGCCAUGCACAGGAACAGUUUCUUGUUCUUGGUGAAAGACACAAGGCUGGGCCCUUUGGAACCGUCAAGGCUCUCAGAACCAAUCCACCCGUCAUUCCUGAUGAAUCUGUGAACCCCAGAUUAGCCAAAAUCUUGGUGGAAGUUGCUAUUUAUAAAGAGAUAAUCGUUGGCCUUGCUAACUCUAAUGUGAAGGAGAUGUUGCAGCUAUGGUUCACCAACAUCAAGAAGGCUGGCAUUCCUAAUUAUUUGGUUGUUGCCUUAGAUGAUAACAUUGAAGAGUUCUGCAAAUCCAAUGAUGUUCCUGUGUAUAGAAGAGAUCCUGAUCAAGGUGUUGAUGCAGUCGGUAAGAUUGGUGGUAACCAUGCUGUUUCGGGAUUGAAAUUUCGUAUUUUGAGAGAAUUUCUGCAACUGGGUUACAGUGUUCUCCUCUCGGAUGUAGACAUUGUGUACUUGCAGAACCCGUUCGAUUAUCUCUAUAGGGAUUCAGAUGUGGAGUCUAUGUCUGAUGGUCACAAUAACAUGACAGCUUACGGGUAUAAUGAUGUCUUUGAUGAACCCUCAAUGGGUUGGGCUCGGUACGCUCAUACCAUGAGAAUAUGGGUUUAUAACUCUGGUUUCUUUUACAUAAGGCCAACUAUUCCUUCAAUUGAGCUCUUGGAUCGUGUUGCUAACCGGCUCUCCAAUGACCCAAAAGCGUGGGAUCAGGCAGUUUUCAACGAGGAGCUCUUUUUCCCUUCUCAUCCUGGUUACGAAGGACUUCAUGCUGCAAAAAGGACGAUGGAUAUGUACCUUUUUAUGAACAGUAAAGUUCUCUUUAAGACUGUCAGAAAAGAUGCUAAACUCAAGAAGCUGAAGCCUGUGAUUAUACAUGUUAAUUACCAUCCUAACAAGUUUGAGAGGAUGAAGGCAAUAGUUGAAUUCUAUGCUAAUGGGAAGCAGGAUGCGCUGGACCAUUUCCCAGAUGGUUCCGAUUGAUAGGAACAUCAGAAUGAACAUAUUUCUAAUACGGAGAAGGAUUUGUAUGCUCGAAUUGAUGUGAUACAGAGGCAACCAUUGCAAUUCACCUCCCAGGAUCAGUUCUAUCUCAAUUUACUUUCUGUUAAGUUUUACAAUUUGUUGCUUUUGAUAAUUAAACAGGUUUUUUGUGUACCUUACGCUCUUCUCUUUGUAUAUAUUUCUUAUCUCUAAUGCGUUAAAAUUCUACUUGUCUACUAUGAA